UCUGUGUCCCUGUCUGUCUGUCUGUCUGUCUGAGUAGAAGAAGGCGGAGCCCGAAGUCCAUCUUGGUCUUGCUUCCACUCAUUCCUCCCUCCGCCGCUUGCAGAAGCCGGCGAAACCUCCGAUUCGAUCCCCCGAGGCGUCCACCGUCAGCUUCGGAGCUUCCCAUUUCUCGUCAAAGCUCGGAACUUUAAGCUCGGGGGGAAUUUCAUCAGUAGAUGACCUUGUUGGGUUGAAUUCCGCUGGAGGAAUGUCAGUGACGGAGCUGAAGGAGCGCCACAAGGCGGCUACGGAGACCGUCAACUCCCUCCGGGAGAGGUUGAAGCAGAAGCGGCUCCAAUUGCUGGACACCGAUGUUGCGGGCUAUGCGAGGGCUCAGGGGAGGACUCCGGUCAGCUUCGGCCCGACGGAUCUGGUGUGCUGCCGGACAUUGCAGGGCCACACCGGGAAGGUGUAUUCGCUUGAUUGGACACCUGAGAGGAACCGUAUCGUCAGUGCUUCACAAGAUGGGCGGCUGAUAGUGUGGAACGCUCUGACCAGUCAGAAAACUCAUGCAAUAAAGCUUCCUUGUGCCUGGGUCAUGGCAUGUGCCUUUGCGCCAAAUGGUCAAUCAGUUGCCUGUGGCGGUCUUGAUAGUGUUUGCUCGAUCUUCAACCUUAACUCGCCCACUGAUAGGGAUGGGAAUUUACCAGUCUCAAGAAUGCUCAGUGGGCAUAAGGGUUAUGUGUCCUCGUGCCAGUAUUCCCCGGAUGAAGACAAUCACCUGAUUACCGGUUCUGGCGAUAAGACAUGUGUUCUUUGGGAUAUCUCUACGGGCCUCAGAACAUCUGUCUUUGGAGGAGAAUUUCAAUCAGGACAUACUGGAGAUGUUGUCAGUGUAUCAAUUAGUGGAUCAAACUCAAGAAUGUUUGUAUCUGGUUCUUGUGAUGGAACUGCACGGCUGUGGGACACUCGUGUUGCAAGUCGAGCAGUUCGAACAUUUCAUGGCCACGAGGGAGAUGUCAAUGCUGUAAAGUUCUUUCCAGAUGGCAACAGAUUUGGAACAGGCUCCGAUGAUGGUACAUGCAGGCUGUUUGAUAUCAGAACAGGGCAUCAACUGCAAGUGUACUACCAGCAGCAUGGUGACAGUGAGAUCCCACAUGUCAUUUCUAUCGCAUUCUCAAUAUCAGGGAGGCUUCUUUUUGCUGGGUACUCAAAUGGCAAUUGCUAUGUGUGGGACACGCUAUUGGCUGAGGUGGUAUUGAAUUUGGGUACCCUGUCAAACUCGCAUGAUGAAAGGAUAAGCUGUUUGGGCCUGUCUGCAGAUGGCAGUGCCCUGUGUACUGGCAGUUGGGAUACAAACCUAAAGAUUUGGGCUUUCGGUGGGUACAGGAAGGUAAUUUGAGUCACUUGGAGUAAGAAGGCUUCUAUUUGAACAUAUUCACUCAUCUCAGGUUUCCGAGCCAUUACACCUUUCUGCACAAACGUAGCGUGCUCUGUGACAUAGCUUGAGAGACCAUAGUCAUGUACCUAUUCCUCUCGUGUAAUAUCGAUGUGAAAAUUUGUGCUCUUGAUUCGGGGGAGAAGUUUCUCUUUGGUGGUCUGAAUGGGAGCCUACUUGUCAAUUCUAAUGUAUUCAGUACUCUGUAUUUGCCGAGUUCUCAAAUCGCUUGCUUUUCUUUCUAGCUUUUGACACAUCAACUUCAACUCGGAUAAUAUGCUCCAGCUGCAAUUUCAUUUUCUGCUCUCUACUCA